AUGGGAGACACUGACAGCCUUUCAGUGAAGCUACGAAAGGAAGGUAACAACGUUUACACUUCUGUCAGAGAGGGUCUCUGUAACUCGAUCAGAUUUCAAAGGUUCAAUAAGGCUGCAGAAUGUUAUCGCAGAGCCUUCCAGGCAGCAGAAGAGAAGGCAGAAAUGAUAUCAGCUGCCAAAAACUUAGCAAUGGCCUCGUGGAGACUUGCAAAGGUUGAAAUAGAACUGUCUAUGAAAGCUGCAAAUACAACUCGUUAUUAUAAAGAGGCAUUCAAGCAUUUUUCAUAUACAUAUUUGAAUGGGAUUUCGUGCUACACACUCGAUUGGACAGCAAAGCUUUGUGCAUCAAUUAACGACUGCUGGCAGGACUUUAGUUGUUUAAUGAAUGAUCACUUCGACUUGGAAGCAAGAAUCGAUCAAUAUUACCUUGUUCUUGAGGCUGUUGAAAUAGAUUAUGUUAGAGGCAAUUUUUAUCUCAACCUUGCAAGGUUUUAUUUCCGUAACGGUGUGACAGCAAUUGAGAAUAAAAAUUAUCAGCGUGGGUUGUCUGAAAUGAGGAACUGUUCCAUGCCCAUUCACGAAGCUAGAAAAUAUUGUUUGGAUAAAAAGAAUGUCGGGAAGGAGUGUGGUAUUCUAGAGGACGACGUCAUAAUGCACGAAUGUACUGCGGAUGCAAUGCAAGCAAUAGCUAUCGGUGACAACUUGUUCAAACAAGCCAUAGAACAGACAGAUGAUGUAAACAUGGACAUGAUUUGGGACGUGGUAGAUUGGUAUAAAGUUGCAGUUCUGCGCACGCGUGAGAGAACUGAAAAGGAACAGGAGGCCAUUGCGACAAGUAGAUUAGGCAGACUUUAUGAAAAGGUGCUGAAGAUGAAAGAAAAAGCCAAGGACUACAUGAUGCGAUCAGUUCAACUAGCACAUAGCAUGCAGCCUCGUGUGUUCACAUCGGAAGACUGGUUUAAAGAGGCUUCGGCUAUUGUGAAAAAAUACCAAGACGAGAAAGUAGCAGAGGAAGAUGCAGAAUGGAAGAAACAAAGAGAAGAGAUAAAGAAAGAAAUGACUGAACAACUGGAAGACCUCAAAAAAGCUGACAAAAAGGGUGACUUAGAACUGCUCGCUUAUAUUUACAAGAACUUCCCACCGAAGAAUCCUCUUUACAAGGACUCAUUCGUCAUGCCGUCGGACCCCUCAGAGAUAGAUUUAGCCAAAAAGAAGAAAUGGUAUCAACAAGCAGUGGUUAACUAUCAUCCCGAUAGGGCGAAUGAGAAGGAAAAUGGGUUACAGUGGAAGGUUCUGACAGAAGAGAUCACCAAGAUCAUCAACUGCCGGUAUAACCGACAGAAGGAUUUGUGAAGGCAGCAGCAAUGUAAUGUGUAUUGUAUAUGCUGAAAAAUAAUCCAA